AUGUCAGAUUUGGAUUGCGAUGCAUAACCAGGAAUUCUAAAUGUUGUUGUCCAAAAAUCAACUUAUUCCUAUAUUUAGAAGGCAUUCAAUUUCUUCUAAUUGUUAUCCCUCGCUUUCAUUUUUUGGCUUUUUGGUGGAUGGGAUAACAUCAUGAAGAAUGAGAUACUCUAUUAUCUGUUCCUCGUAGGAUUAGGAUGUUUAGGUAUUAUAUCCUUGAACUUGUUAUAUGUUGUUCUAAGUGGAUGGAAAAAGAACAUGGUCAAACCUUGA